AUGGCCUAUCCAGAUACCUACCAGGCUGUCCGGCGAACCCAUGGCAGUCUACCUCUCAGCGUCGAGACUGUGACGGAGACACUCCCAAACGAGCUUGGAUCUGACGAUGUGCUGAUUAAGAUUCACGCUGUUUCCUUGAACUUCCGCGAUGUUGGAAUGCUACAUGACCGCUAUCCUAUGGAGUCUCUUGAGAGAGGCAUUGUUGCGUCCGACUGCGCCGCCGAAGUCGUUGCGAUUGGACAGGGGGUCCAAGACUUUCGAUUGGGAGACCAUGUUGUGCCGCUUUUCGACAUCAACGAUAUCGACGAGAACGUUGAUGACAGUUUAGCGGCUCUGGGAGGAAACGUAGAUGGUGUUCUUCGCGAAUACGCCAUCUUCGAGGCGAAGCACCUGGUCCGCUUGCCUGAGUAUCUAUCAUGGGAAGAGGCUUCUACACUGGCUUGUGCUGGUGUGACCGCUUGGAACGCACUGAAUCUUCCUAGUGAUGCAUCUGGAAGGAACCUAAGUGCUCUGUUGUCAGGCACUGGAGGCGUCAGCAUGUUCGCAGUUCUUUUGUGUAUUGCCGCUGGAGUCCAACCCAUCAUUACCUCGUCCUCCGAUGAAAAGCUGGAAGCUGUCAAGAAGCUUCACCCUUCCAUCAAGGGUAUCAACUACAAGACUACCCCUGAUAUCGCCGCAGAGGCUCGAAGAAUCACCAACGGGAGAGGAGUCGACAUCGUAAUUAAUAACGUCGGUCCUGCCUCCGUGAUGCAAGACUUGGACGCGCUUCGCCAGAAGAAUGGGCACGUCUCGCUUGUGGGUUUCUUGGAUGGCUAUGCCGCCACGUGGGACCAGAGCGCUCUUUUGGGUUUCAUGAGCAAGAGAGCCAGUCUGAGGGGUAUCAAAGUCGGAUCUAAGAAUGCCUACAUUCGGCUUUUCGAAUUUCUCGAGCAACACAAGAUUACACUCACACCCAUCAUCGACAGAGUUUUCCCUUUCAACGAGUCCCGAGCUGCUUGCGAUUACUUGUACUCCGGCAAACAUGUGGGAAAGGUCGUGAUCAAGAUCUGA